AUGCCUCUUGUCAAUUGGGCCGAAGCCACGCCAAGCGACCUCGCCGGUUUUACGGCGGAAUACCUUCGCGACGAGUUGUCUCGUCGCAAACUUGACGUCGCCGGAUCCAAAGAGGAAAUCAUCCACCGCCUCCUGGACGACAUCGCCCGAAGCCCCCCGCCACCGCCAUCGACCCUGCCUCUUCCCGACUCGGCGGCCUCCGCAGAAGGCCCGCAAGAGUCAUCGCCUCUCCCGACCCUUGACCCGGCGCAGUCCACGCAGCUACUGACAAGCUUGCUGCAGCAGUUCCUGACCGUGUCUCAACGUGCACCAGCCCCUGUGCAGGUGACUACCCUGCCGGACUUGUCCGCGUCGCUUCCAACUUUUAGCGGCGAUGGAGGUAUUUCGGCCCGCCAUUGGAUCGAGGAGCUGGAGCGAACACAAGGACUGGCUUCCUGGGAGCCCUCGACACUUCUCGCAGUCGCUCUCGGCAAGCUUCGAGGCCCAGCCGCUAACUGGAAAGCUGUUUCUGGACGCCAGUGCCUAACUUGGGACAGCUUUAAGGCCGCCUUCCAGGCGCAGUUCGGUGAUCGCCUUACGCUUCUGCAGUGGCAGCACAAGGUCACCGCUCUGGUGCAGUCGCCUGCAGAGAGCCUCGUCAACUAUUCCCUGGCAAAACUAAAACUCAUCUCGAAAUGCCCCGUUGUGCUGACUGAUGCUCAGCGCAUAGAGUAUGCUGUUCAAGGCAUCAAUGACGAACAUCUAGCGACAUCCAUCACAGCGCAGUGUCCUGCGACGGUCCCUGCAUACAUGGACAUUGUAACACGACUCGACCAGACUUUAAGCCAUUCUCGUCUAAGGUCAAACCGCACGGAGGCUGAAAGUGCAAGGCCACCAGUUGCCAAACCACACGCAACGCCUUCCUCUACUCAAUCUUCAAAUCGAGCUGAACGUGUGUCUGCCAUACCACAGCGCAUUUCGUCUCUUUCACAAGAACAGCAGGAGGCACGAUACCUUGCCAUCACAUCAAAACACGGAGCUCCCGCCCAUCGCCCCGGCCAAGAUUUGAGCAAGGCUGUGUGCUACAAUUGCCGGCAGCUGGGUCACCUCUCCGCCAAGUGCACCGCUGCAAGGACCCCACGUAAUCAGCAGCCAGCCAGCUUCAAGACCAAUGCCCCUGCCAUGUCCUGCCUCCAGAACUCUGAGCCACUUGAGGGCUCAAUGGUCCAGUGUGCUGUAGUCCAAGCCGAUGUCCCAACAAUCGGCAAGGUUGACGCUUUCCCUGACAGUGGGUCUAAGUUGACCAUACUGUCGCAAGAGCUUAUCGGAACCCUGAGCUUGCUGCCAUGGACAAAGCCACCCAUUGCUGUCGUUGGUGGCAGCACAGUUGUACCAACUGGUACUCUGUGCACUCGCAUCUCCGUUGGUCCCAUCUCUGCCGUCGUGGAGGUGAUGGUACUUGCGCGCAACCCCCUGCCUCUGAUCCUCGGAGAGGACUGGUUCGAAGCAGCACAUGCAGAACUUGUUGUGAGGCCGCCUAAUCCAACUGAAAUUCGCCACCCCAGCUCAGGUGCCGUCUUGUUGUGCCAGGAGAAGGUGUUGCCGAGGAUGUCGAACGCUGUCCUUCUCCACACCCUGACUUCUUCCCCGUUUGCACCGACAAUCCCUUCGACAGGUGGUCUCCAACUUGAGCCUCUCCCAGAUGACAACCAGCCCUUGUGGCUGGCUCUGGCAUGCCAUGAAAAGUCGCCCCAGCCAGAGCGUGAUUCUCCAAAAACAUGUAGCCCGAACAGUUUCGAGAGAAACAAGACAAGUUCUAUUCUAAGCGAAGCCCAAAUUGGCACAGAGCUACAGCCAGAAGAGUCUACUGCGAUUCAAAAUGUCCUGCAGCGACACAUUGCUCUCUUUGCUACAGACGACAACGACUUGGGACUCUAUGAAGGAGCACAGCACGCCAUUGACCUCGUUUCAGACGCUGUACCCUACAGUCGGCAACCGUAUCGGUAUGCUGCUGAUGACCGACAGUUUAUUGAGCAGCAAACUGAUGAGCUCCUGAGGAAGGGCAUCAUAGUGCCGUCUUCUAGCCCUUGGGCCUUCCCCAUUGUCAUUGUUUCUCGUGGAAGCAAGAAACGACUGUGUGUAAACUACAUCCCACUUAACAAGCAGACAGUCAGUGGCGCUCAGCCGCUUCCCCGUGCCGAGGACAUUAUGGACGACAUAGCAGGUUGCUCGCUGUUCGCCCGCCUUGACCUGAGGUUUGCCUACUGGCAAAUAAGAGUGCGCCCGGAAGACCAGCUCAAGACGUCUUUCAUUACGCAUCGCGGCAUGUUCCAGUGGACAAGAAUGCCUCUUAGACUCAAAAGUGCCCAGCUAAAUUUCAAAAAGCCAUGCAAGCACUCUUCGAGCAGCUUCGAUCCCGUGUGGCAAGCAAUGGGCUUGUUGAGAGAAGUAACGGAACGCUCGUCUCGGUGCUGA